AUGAGUCGGAACCCGCCUAGCGUCUCGAUCGCCGGAGCGUAUCGAGAAGAGAUCCUCUCUCAGGCACGACUGCUUCGGCUGAUCCGUCACGGAUCACGUGUCGAGGUGAAAAGCACUGCGGCGUGGAUACAGCCAGCUCAGCCCAGCCUGGCCCGACGACUCAACCAUAAACAACUUCUACCGUCAUUGCAAUCGAUAAGCGAAGGGUGGCAACUGGAUCAAUGCUGGCCUGUUUCCGUGAGAGGAUUGCAUAAUGUGGAGAGACAGAAAGAGUCGUGCUGUGCAGCUUAA